GAACGGAGGACAGGGUCAGCGAAGAGGCCGAGCACCUCCGCAAGAACGACGUGGUUGAGGUCCAAACCAAGCUGAAGACCCUGCUGUCGAACCUCUUCGAGCUGGAGAGGGAUCUGGAACUCCAGGAAGAGAAGCGGGAACGUGAAGACUGCAUGGAGGGGGAGAUUCAGGAUGACUUUGCCAACAUCGCGAACGUUCACAAGCCCAACGACGGCGACGGCGCCGAGCCUGA